CAGCCGGCCGCCAGCUGCCCGCUAAGAACGCCAUGUGCUGCCCCGACCAAGAGGAUCGCGACCUGGCAUUUCUUCAUUCUUUUCCCAAGCGUUCCCUCGUCGCCAGCCUGGUCACUCUUGGGCGGUCUUGAUAUAUCAAAACCGGCUGUAUUGCACCUUGUUGUGACCUUUUGAAGCUCCCUAUCUGAUCUCUGUACUGUCUCGCCAGUCAAGCCUCGGCGUCUUCAUCUCGCUGCAUAUCAGCCGCCUAGCCCCGCGACGGGUGUCAGUAACCACUUUUCCAAUCCACACCCACCGACCGACCCAGCGAUCAACACCUCAACUCUUCGCCGUUCUUUGCUCCAUCACAAACGACGCAGCAAGAAGUCUCUUGUUCGCAGAACAUCGCACUCUCCGAGAAACAGCCAGCACUUGGCUGAAGAGCUUUCUUGUUGCACUUGUCCUACUGUCAAAUCCCCAGGGGACUAUACGUCCUUGGUUGUGCGGACGAGCUUCAUCAGCACAUUACUCCAUCGCUUUACGCGCCUUUCCACACGAGGGUUACCAGCUUGUAGCUCGAGCAAAAGUAUCGUCUCUGGUACCAGUCAAAAAGAGGCCCCAUUGAGGUAGCCUCUAACCUCUUGAGCAAGGCUCUCACACUCGCCAGGCUUUAGCCAAAGAUCCAUUUCACACCAUCGCCCUGGCGUCUGUUGCAAUCCCCUUCCCAAUGGGGACGUCUCUUGAUGCUCUCAAUGCACCCUCCAGUCUGACACAGAGGCGGCUCGCUGCCUCGAAUCUGCCGGCCUUCGAGCUCCCUCCUCCACCGCUACAGCAUUUUGGGUCAAUCUCGCAGAGAAUUCCACCCCUUGGCGGCAGCAUCCCAUCUCAUCAUUCAACCUCAAAUCUGGGUCACAUUUUGACUCCCCCAUCCAAUUCGGCCUCGGAGGGGAGUUCCUCAUCAUCUGCUCCUCCAACCGGCACAACUCCCAAUAGUGCCGCGGUCCCUGUCCUUCCAUAUACUCCCACUUUCUUCAACACUGCCACGACACCGACAGGGUACCAUACGGGCUACCCUCAGCCCACUUGGCAACAUGGCCCUUCGAUGGUUCCUCAACGGUCCAUGUUCUCCCCAGUCACUGGCUCCUUGUUUCGUCACAACACCAACUCUCCCACUGCAACCGAAGGCUCCUCUCUACCUCCUCCCCCGUAUGAUGUCCACGGCGUUCAUCCGUCCUAUGGCUCUUCGCUGCACCUGUCUUCGCCCGGCUCGGGGCCAAAUUCUGCACCUCCACAACACGUGAUGAAUGGAAUUCGCCCUUCGAGCCAGCCUUCUCCUCUGACACCGGUUGACCCGACCUCCAAAGGUCAACAACAGCCUUCACUUUUCACUGCCAUGCCUGGUUCAGGUGCAAGUCCCGCUGGGUACCCUUACUCUGCCCCAACGCCGGUUUCGCACAGUCCACAUCCUCAGACGCUCUCCGCACCACGUAUUUCACCCACCCUGAACCAUGGCGCUGUUCCGCAGCUGCACCCGCCAGGCCCCUUUAUGCGUCCACCCCCACCCUCGUAUUCGCUGCCUGCGAUGCCUGGACCGAUCAUGUCGAAUCUCCACAGCCCAGGGGCACACAUGGCCAUGGUUGGAAGCAUGAAUGCGGGCCUGCUCCCAAUGAAUUUCAAUAGUGGCUAUGCGGCCAACCCUAUUUAUGGACCGCAACGGAAUACCCCUCCUCAACAGCCGACAACACAAGACCGGCCAUUCAAAUGUGACCAGUGUCCACAAAGCUUCAAUCGGAACCACGACUUGAAGCGGCAUAAGCGGAUUCAUCUUGCAGUGAAACCGUUCCCUUGUAAUCACUGUGACAAGAGCUUCUCCCGCAAGGACGCUCUCAAGAGGCAUAUUCUUGUCAAAGGUUGUGGCAGCGGUCAUUCCGGAGAUGGCAGCAAUCGCGAAGAUGGGAUCAAAUCGGACUCGCCAGGGGACGACAUCUCGGAAAGCCCUACUGCGGCGAUUGCGGCAUAGCAUAGCACAACACACCUUUGACAGUGGCGGCGAAGCUGAAAUUGACGUCGCACACACAGGUUUUGUACAACAUUGUUCUCUCGACCACACUUUACAGAUGUUUGAAAAUUUAUGAGUUGAUGGGACAGCGGCAAGGGAUCGAAGCGUGUGGCAGAUACAGACUGUCUGCUUGGAUGGGCUCUGGCAUUGUAUGAAAUGCACAUUUGGAGAUAUAUUUGACUCGACUAUACCCAGGAAAUGACAGGUGCAGUAAUGGACAUGGAAAUGUGCGCAGGGGCGCUUAGUGGACAAGGUGGUAAUCAGUGGCCACCUUGGUAAUGUAGUCACAGAUCUAGGGUUUUGGAAGUGGCGAUUACCACCCAGGCUCUUGGAAUUGAACUUGGAAAGCAACAAUUAUCACCGCCAUGAAUUGAACAUUGUGUGAGCAUGUGA